AUGACAGCAGCAAAUGAUUUAUCUAAUUUUGCAAUGGCUACUACAACAGCUACGAUCGUAUCGAAUUCAAUUCUUAAUCCAUCAAUUAUUAGUUCAACUUCUUCAAAAUGGCUAAAUGAUAUUUCAGCAAUGGAUAAAUAUAAUUGGUUAUUACAUAUAAUGUAUGGUCGUGGUGAAUAUGAUCGUAUUCAACAAUUUAUACGUAUUCAAUCACAUAAAAAUGCUUAUAUGACAUAUAUUCAAGCUCUUGUUUAUCGACAAGAAGGACGUAUUAUUGAAGCACUUGAAUAUUUUCAAAAAUGUGUUCUUGAAAAUCCAUCUUUAACGAAUAUAAAACAAGUAGCGAAAUCAUUGGCACUACUUGGACGUUAUAGAUUAGCAGUUGAUGCUUAUAAAGAAGCAUUAACAUAUACAACAAAUGAUUGGGAAAUAUUUCAUAAUUUAGGUUUAUGUUAUAUGCAUUUAAAUGAAUUAAAACAAGCAAAACAAUAUUUUUUACAAGCAUUACAAAUUACAGAAAUACAAGAAACAUCAUUUUUAGCACUUGGUAAAGUUUAUAUGUUAGAAGGUGAACGUGAAGAAGCUGAAGCUGCUUAUGAACAAGGUUCAAGACGUAAUCCAGAAUCAGUUGAACUCUUUACUCAAAUUGGUCUUUUGGCAUUUGAAAGAGCUAACUAUACAAAAGCAUUCGAAUGUUUUGGUGUAGCAUUAACAUUUAGUCCAACUCAUAUACCUGCUAUAAUGGCUGCUUGUCAAGUUAUACAAAAACAUGGUGAUGCUGAUGUUGCAUUAUCAAAAUAUCGUAUUAUUUAUGGACGUAAACCUGAAUGUGCACAAGUAUGGAAUAAUAUUGGCAUGUGUUUUUUUUCAAAAAAAAAACUUGUUGCUGCUGUUAGUUGUUUAAAACGUGCAAAUUAUUUAGCACCAUUUGAAUUAUAUAUUUUAUAUAAUUUGGGACUUGUACAUUUAUAUUUACAACAAAAUGCAUCAGCUGCAAUAUUUCUUCAAUCAGCUAUUAGAAUUAAUAAAAAACAUUCACUAAGUUAUGCUUUACUAGGUGUAGCUUUAUCGAAAUUGAAUGAUUUUGAUAAUGCUUUAAAAGCUUUUACAUAUUCUCUCAAACUUGAUCCAACAGAUCCAAUGACUUUACUUAAUUUAGCUAUUCUUCAAAUGAAUACAAGUGUUUCACAAUCGAUUAUUGAUAAAACUCUUAAACAAUUUCAUCAAUAUUAUUCUGAACGAGCUGCUUUAAUUAGUCAUCAUGAACUUGAUACAUCUAUGUUAGAUUUUGCUGCAAAAUUAAAAGUUUCACAAUCAACAACUAUUCAAAAUAAUGAAGAAGUUACUCCAUUACCAUCAAGAACAGCAAUCUAUUCACCUAGAGAACCACUUGAUAAAGACUGA